GAAGCAGUGCAGUGGUGGUCACACACUGUCAUCCCUUCCCUCCUUCAGCCAUACCUUGCAUAUCAACAACUAUCCAACCACUUCUGGAAUCCUGUUGACUAUGAACUGCCAACAUAUGGUUGUCACCAGACUCAAAAACUGAGAGUCAUUUGCAUUGAUUUCAAUGCUCUGCAAUCAGUUGAUCUGGCUGUCUGUCCUUGUGCACCUGCAGCCCUCCAACUCCUUUGGAUGGGCUACUUCCCCUGUGCCCCACUGGGGCCAACACUUGCUGUUAGCCUGCAGCUUCUCAGCUUUGUCCAACAACUCUUCAUGCACAUACCUCCAAACACUUCAGCAUGGUGUGAGUCCCUUGAGGCAUACCUUGCAGUUAUGGGUUAUGAGGUGGACACAAAGGAGGGUAUACACUGGAGGUUCAGUAAUGCAUAUCACUGGUAUUGUAUUCUGGAAACAUCCCUUGAUGAAUAUGUCCAACAAUAA